CGCGUCGGGCGGUGGCGGGGUUCCGCCGCGUGCUCUUUCCCGCCCCAGUCCGCACGGCCCCAGCUGCAUCCCGGGCUGCUGGUGGAUCCUCCCUAACCCACUCUGUGCUCGGUCCCUCGCGGCUUUGCGCGGCCCUCAUUCUCCUUAGUUUCUUCUAGAGCCCAGGCCCCGCCCGUUUCCCGCCUCCAGGGCCCCGUUUGUUCCCGCCCCAGCCCGCCCCUCUCUGCGCCCCAGCUCCUUCUGCUGGAGGCGGAGGCUCCAUGUUUUCCCCUCAGCGAGCGGUAGCGGCUGCAUCGGGAGGAGCAGGUGAUGCUAUGGAGAGUGGAAAGCCUGGUCCAGUGCAGGUUGUUUUGGUUCAGAAAGACCAACAUUCCUUUGAGCUAGAAGAGAAAGCCUUGGCCAGCGUCCUCUUACAGGACCACAUCCGAGACCUCGAUGUGGUGGUUGUGUCAGUGGCUGGUGCCUUCCGAAAGGGCAAGUCCUUCUUUCUGGACUUUAUGCUACGAUACUUAUAUUCCCAGAAGGAAGGUGGCCAUUCAAAUUGGUUGGGUGACCCAGAAGAACCGCUGAUGGGAUUUUCUUGGAGAGGGGGCUCUGACCCAGAAACCACUGGGAUUCAGAUCUGGAGUGAAGUUUUCACUGUGGAGAAGCCAGGUGGGAAGAAGGUUGCAGUUGUUCUGAUGGAUACCCAGGGGGCGUUUGACAGCCAGUCCACAGUGAAAGAUUGUGCUACCAUCUUUGCUCUAAGCACCAUGACUAGUUCUGUUCAGAUUUAUAAUUUGUCCCAGAACAUUCAGGAAGAUGAUCUUCAACAGUUACAGCUCUUCACAGAAUAUGGUCGGCUGGCGAUGGAUGAAAUUUUUCAAAAACCCUUCCAGACACUCAUGUUUUUGGUUCGAGACUGGAGUUUCCCUUAUGAAUACAACUAUGGACUACAGGGAGGAAUGUCAUUUUUGGAAAAGCGUCUACAGGUGAAAGAGCAUCAACAUGAAGAAAUUCAGAAUGUCCGAAAUCACAUUCACUCGUGUUUCUCCAGUGUCACCUGUUUUCUCUUACCACAUCCAGGACUGCAGGUGGCCACAAGCCCUGAGUUUGAUGGGAAACUGAAAGAUAUUGCCAGUGAAUUCAAAGAGCAGUUACAGACACUGAUACCAUAUGUAUUAAACCCAGCUAACUUAAUGGAAAAGGAGAUCAAUGGUUCAAAAGUCACCUGUCGGGGGCUAUUGGAGUAUUUUAAGGCAUAUAUUAAAAUUUAUCAAGGAGAAGAUCUGCCUCACCCCAAAUCCAUGCUGCAGGCCACGGCUGAAGCCAACAAUUUAGCAGCUGCAGCCUCUGCCAAGGACAUUUAUUAUAACAACAUGGAAGAGGUUUGUGGGGGAGAGAAACCUUAUUUGUCUCCAGACAUUCUAGAGGAGAAGCAUUGUGAAUUCAGACAACUUGCUCUGGACCAUUUUAAGAAGACCAAGAAGAUGGGUGGGAAGGAUUUUAGCCUUCGUUACCAGCAGGAGCUGGAGGAGGAAAUCAGGGAACUCUAUGAGAACUUCUGCAAGCACAACGGUAGCAAGAACGUCUUCAGCACCUUCCGAACACCCGCAGUGCUCUUCACGGGCAUCGCGGCUUUGUACAUAGCCUCAGGCCUCACUGGCUUUAUUGGGCUUGAGGUGGUGGCCCAGCUGUUCAACUGUAUGGUUGGGCUGCUGUUAAUAGCGCUUCUCACCUGGGGGUACAUCAGGUACUCCGGUCAGUAUCGUGAGCUGGGCGGUGCUAUUGAUUCUGGUGCAGCAUACGUGUUGGAGCAGGCCACUUCUCACAUUGGUAAUUCCACUCAGGCUGCUGUGAGGGAUGCAGUUGUUGGGAGACCACCUGCUGAUAAAAAAGCUCAGUAGCAUCUUAACAAGAGGAUCCAAAAAGAACCCAGCCAGCGCCUUCUUUCUGGGCUCCUGCCACGGCCACAGGUCCAGGUCCAGAGGAACGCAGACCUGGGACCAUCUGGGAAGAGCUGAAACACGGCACCAAUAAAUGAGCAGACCUUUCCUGUGGUUUCAAAUUCUUAAACACACUUCCAUUUCUCUUGGAAGCAUUUCUUCCCCUUGCUGAUAUAGAUCCAAGCCUGUGUCUAUUUUCUUAUUACUCUCUGCUUUGUGCACUUUAUGGAGGAAAAAGCUAAAGGAAGAAAUGGAAAUGCAGUUUUAAGUCCUUUAUGUGCCACUUAGUGCCUUUUCAUUGAAUCCAUACUUUUGAGGACAUGAUAGGGAGGGGACUGAGGAUAACCUCAUAAAAGAUGCUGUUCUGGGGGGAAUUGUUAGUGCUUUUGUACCUUACUCUUUUGAGAAGGGUUCCUUUUUUAAAAGUUUACAAAACUUGCAGAAGCUUCAGAACUAAAGACUGACUGAAAAUGAUGCCAUUCUAUUUUUUAAGAUCGUAUAAUAUUAGAGAAUUGUUUGCCACGUAGGAUAGAAAAAUCAUAUCAUACUUAAAUCUACUAUACACUGAAAUUUAAGGUCUGUUACCUGACAGGAUGGCAGUUUUGUUAGAACAUACUUUUUUUUUUUUUUUUUUUUAACCUUCAUUCCUAUAGCUUCUUUCUAGAAAAGAGUCAAACAUGCCUUGAAAAGCCAGGUAACUCAUAAUAAAAGGAAUGAGCUUAAUACUUUAGGGGAAAAACUUGAGUUUAAAUGAACCACGUGACCUCUGAUAAGUCACUUGAACUUGUGCCUUGGUCAGAUUCACUGAUGUAGGUUUAUAUACAUAUACAUGUUUUACACAACUCAUGCGCAAUUGUCAUUUGAGAGAUUUUGUUUUUGAGAGUUCUGCAUGAGAACAGAACUUUAUUAAGGAUUAGAGGAAAGGCGUUACCAAACAUACUGCCUUUAAUUGAUGUCCUGUUUCAUGUGGCUUAGCAGUAAAUCAGGUCUUCAUCCAAAAUGUUUAUUUGCAUUCUUCUAUGCACUAAUGUUUCUAAUAAUGAAGCUGAAACAGUUUUAUUUAGUGGCUCAUCUUUUACUUAACUUUAUACAUGACUAGUCUGGUAGCUUUAAAAUAACUUUGGCUUAGUAAGGACCAAAGUCCCACUUACAUAUGGACGUAUAAUAUCUUGAAGUAUCUAAGAAUUCUUUUUUAUUUACCUUGAUUGAUUUUUUAUUUACCUUGAUAAAAAAAAAUUUUGUCUAUUACUUGCCUUUUCCUUUGAUUUAUAAUGGUGAAUUUUUGUGGAUUUUAAAACUUCAUAAAUUGCCUGCAAGUAUUUAUAUAAACAUUCAGGUAUGUGAGCCUUAAUUCUUAACAUAAUUUUAAGUUUGUUGUGGAAGUGAGGUAGGAAGUUUUGGGCAGAUUCUGAGCGUAAAUUCUAUGUACAUGAAGUAUAAAAGGAACAUGGAAAAAAGAAAGUCUCUUCUGGCAUGUAUUCCCUUUAUCAAAGAAUGUUGACUAUUUUAUAUUAAUACUUUACCACUCAAGUAUUUUUUUUAUAAGUUCUGAAUUAAUUUCAAGUGUUUUAUAUAUUUUUUCGUAUUUACAUACCAUCUUGCCCUGAAGUUUUUGCUAUUUUAUUGUCACUGUUAAGUUUUAGAAAAAUUCCAGCUUGUUUUUAAAACUUCUAACUUGCAUAUCGGUGAUGCUUAACUUUGUUAAAUUAAAAAGCUUAGUUUUGAAAUUUUGGUGCAUUUUCAGGUGGCCUCUUCCUGAAAGUUCAUACUUAUAAGCUAAAGGCCUUGCAGGUGCUGAAGAUACUUGGGUUUAAAUGCUUUCUAUAAGCACAUUUAUAGAUUUCAGAACAGUUGUCUAGAGUGAGCCCACUUAUAAUGGUGAGAAAAAGAUGCUGUGUCUAAAACUUUAAUACUAAACUAUUAGGUUUUUAAAAAUAAAGAAUAUGUGAUAAUGUAUGGUUUAAUGAAAUCUUGGGAUUUAGUUACUAUUUAAAUUCAUCAUUUCUGUUUUGAUCUUAAAGGAGUAACUUGGUUUGAUUACCCUGGAGAAGCCUUUUUUUUUUCCUCCCCAAAUCUUUGUUGGUUAAUUUAUUCUGUUUCUGGAAAUUGUUUAUAAAAUUGUCUCAGUGAGGAUUUUUAUGAAUUUCCUUUGGCCUGUUUUAACAGCAAAUUGAUGAUUUUAUAUCAACUUUUCCAAUAAAAGAUGCAUACUCAUUGCUGGCUGCCAGUAGUCCUGGGGAGGUAUGAUCAGAUUGAAAAGAAUGUCUUUUCCCUUCCCUCAGCCUUAAUUUGUGGGUCAGGAACAUUACUGAGGACUGUGAAGGUUUUGCUAGGUGGUGUGGUUUUUUUUUUUUUUUUUUUUUUGCUUGGUGUUUGUCACUCUGCCGUUCCUGCCUUUCCAUGUAAGCAUUUUUAAUUUGCACAUUCCUAACAUGAUGUGGGACGCAUUCCUAUUAACAUAUAAAAGGUUUUCAAAUUUUUUUAUGAGAAUUCAUUUUAGGAGGAGUUAAAUGUUAGGUUUUUGGGUAUUUUUUUAAGUUUUUUUUUUUUAAUAGUUCCAGUUAGCAUCUUAUAGUAAAAAUAAUAAGAGUCAAAAUUUGGAUUCUUUCACUGAGAAAUCUUUCUAUAUUUUGUGUAGACAAGAUGAGGGAAACCAAUCUUGUGUGGUUAUAAAACAUCUUCAGAGUCAUACCUUAUUUUAGCAGUAUGCCAAGAAAUUGGUUUGUCCCCUGGAGGUUUAUGUAUUAACACCUACUUCAUACUUGGUAAAGCUGCCUGUGAACAUUGUUUUUAUUUUACCUGUUCUUUUUUUCUUUUUCAUAAAGUAAAAUUCUUUACGAGAAAAAACAAACUGCCUUGUAUGGGCAGUGCGUUUCUUUAGCAGGGCAUACCCAGCGUUCUCCCUGGCUUAUGAAAAUAGUAUCUUAGGAUGAGUUUGGAUGAGUAUGUAUGAGUUAUAGAGAAAUUAAAUAGUUGAUUUAGGUCCAGGCAAAAGUGAUAAAAAAAUAGUUUUAUUUUUCCUUAGAUUUUUUUUUUUAAAUAAUGUGACUUAAUAUGACCAUCUUCAUAGAACAAUUCUUUUCCCCCAUAAAACUACUGAAAUACAAUUUAGGAUUAUUUAGGAUGGCUACCAUCUAAGUCAGCCAACAUAGGCUGCAUCAUUCCGACUUCCAUUUAGAUCCACAAAAUUUUGGUCAAGGAAUAAGGGCAUAAUGAAGGCAGGCUCCAGUUACUAAACUACAAGUUAUUUGUGUUAAGUGACAUUUUAAAAUGACAUUCAGAAGCCUAUUGUAAGAGCCAUUUGCAAUUGAAUAGUUUUCCUCCUGUUAAACCAUACCGUAGCUCUGUUUUGGGUAAUGGUUGCUCCCCAAAAAGCUAUCUUGGAGCGCGUAAGACUUAACCCCUGGGAUGUGUUUAAAAACAUUCAGAUUCCCAGCUUUAUACCCAGGGAUUGCCUCAGUGAGUCUGGGUCUGAGCUGUGGCUGUGGAAUCACCACUUUUAUAACAGCAUAGCAGGUGGUCCAGAGACCGCGGCGAUAGAGACCACUCCAUGGAAUGGGAAAGUGCAAUUCAGUACUGUCUGGAGGCAAGUGGACGGCUUCUACCUGAGGUUCAGAAUCGGUGGUCUACUGCCAGAUGCAGUCACUGAGAGUUUACAUACGGUGUUCAGAGAAAUAAGGAUGCCUGUAAUCUAGAGGCUUGUCUAAGCUUAAAAAUGUUUUUUCUAAAUUAGGAUGUCAUAGUGCCUUCUCUGAAAAAGUAUCUGAACUUGUUCUCUGAACAAGUAUCCUAUUUAAUUACAGAUGUAGUUAUGAUUAAAGAAACUAUUUUGAAAGUUCUUUUAAAAAGCAAAAUUCAACACUGUGACUGGAACCCCUAAGUCUUUCAUGCACAGAAAACCUUAAGCCAUAAAUAAAAAUAAUGAAGGAGACGAUCAUAACUUUGAAAUUCAGUGACAAAAUACCCUUUGUCAGGGCCUUUUCAAGAUAGAUUUAAGGGCAGAAAGAUUUUAGGAGAAAUUUUUCUUCCUUGGAAAGGAAUUUCAUGUGCCAGAACUAAAAUUUAAAUGUAGUCUUAUGACCAAGGGAAGGUUGCAUUUGAUUCCCAAAGCUUCCCAGUUUAGAUGAAUAGAUGGUGUCAUGGAUUUAAGCCUUAAAGGAGUUAAUUUUGAGCACAUAUAACUUUUCCUCUCUUAUCUUUUUCUUUAAAAAAUGAUUUGGUUUAAAGCACUUUCUUCUAGACCCUAUUUGAAUGGCUUUAAAAUUUAAUAUACUUUUUUAAAAAGUGCAAUGGGAUGAAAUUAUGCUAUUAGUGUAUUAAAAGCAUGUUUCUGUUUCUUAGUUUUAAGGUCAUUUAAUGGAAUAAAGAUCACAGCACUAUG